GAGGAGCAGUCACCCAUUGGCAGCAGUACUUCGGCGUGCCCAUCGCAGUCCUCGUAGACGGCGGUAGUGAGUUCAAGAGCCAGUUCUUCCAACUAGUCAUGAACGAGUGGCGAAGCAAGCUGUUCGUAACCACGCCCUACCGACCACAAGGCAACCGAG